GGGAACAAGAUUUAAUAUUCCAACACGUUUUGGUCCCGUCCUUUCUCUUGACGCGAUGCUAAAAAACUGGGCUAUACCCUCUUAUUCUUCUACUGUCUCUCUUCUGCUACUUCUCAUUUCCUCUUCUCUCUCAAAAUCCACUUCAAAUUCCUCCAAACCCUCCUUCCCUCAAUCCAAUUUCACAAUCAAACCCCCCUCUCCUUUCCCCAGAACUUACCGACCCAUUUCUUCAAAAGGGCCGUCCAUGAAUCUCUGGAACAAGCUCGGAUUCGGGUCCAGAGCCACCGAGGCCUCGCCGGAGUCGUUGGCGUUUGCACAAGGUCCGGACGAUGACAUUCCGGCGCCGGGCCAGCAGUUUGCCCAAUUUGGGGCGGGCUGCUUUUGGGGUGUCGAAUUGGCGUUUCAACGAGUGCCCGGUUUGACCAAAACGGAGGUCGGUUACACUCAAGGGCAUAUUCAUAAUCCGACUUAUGAGGAUGUUUGUUCGGGGCAGAGCAAUCACUCUGAGGUCGUUCGGGUUCAGUAUGAUCCCAAAGAGUGCAGUUACGAGUCUCUGCUUGAUGCGUUUUGGGCUCGACAUGAUCCUACUACUCUUAAUCGGCAGGGAAAUGAUGUGGGAACACAAUACAGAUCUGGCAUAUACUUCUACACUCCUGAACAACAGAAAGCGGCUCUCGAAUCAAUGGAACGCCACCAGAAGUUAUUGAACAGGAAGAUCAUGACUGAGAUUCUUCCUGCCAAGAAAUUCUACCGAGCGGAGGAAUACCAUCAGCAAUACCUUGAGAAAGGUGGGAGGUUUGGCUCCAAGCAAUCUGCUGCUAAAGGCUGCAAUGACCCAAUUCGAUGCUACGGUUAGUUAAGUUGGUCUUGGCAGGUAAUAUUAGUUUCCCAGCUUCAAGAUUAUGGUAUUCUGUAUACAUCUAUGACUAGAUUUGACAAGCUCUCUCAGACGUUACUUGUAAAAAGAAUCUUGGAUGUAUGUAUCUAUCUGUAAUUGGUUUGGCUUUCCUAAUAAACGAAGUUGUAGUUGUAAGGAUGCUUUCCCUCAAUCUAAUGGUCUAAAAAUCUUGUGGAAGCUUGAUGAA